UAGGAUCGUAGCUUAACCAUGCACACGUGGCCGGUGUUCCUGUUGGCUUUGGCAGCCAUUUUAAGAUCUGUUUAUUCCGGAUCACCCCGGAUCAUUGGCGGAUCGGAUGCGGCUCCCGGCCAGUUUCCCUACCAGGCCAUGCUGAUCAUCCAGAUGGGCAAGGAACGGUCCCUGUGCGGCGGAAGUUUGCUGAGUGACGAAUGGGUCCUGACCGCUGGCCACUGCGUCGAAGAUGCUCAAUCGAUUCUGGUCACCCUGGGAGCGGUCGAGUUUCGAGAACCAGCUGACGGAGACGGUCGAGUGGUGCAGAAUUCCACGGAGUUUAUCCGUCACGAAGAUUACGACCCGGGCACCGCUUCGAACGACGUGGCGUUGGUGAAGCUUCCCCAGAAGGUCGAGUUCAACGAUCACAUUCGACCGGUGGCGCUUCCGACCGGCCACGACGACUACAACCGCCGGAUGGCGAUCGCCAGUGGCUGGGGCAAGACCAAGGACCGGGGUGGAAUCGCGGACCGACUGCAGUACGUGUCCCUGAAGGUCAUCACCAACAACGAGUGCUCGCUUCUGUACCCGGGAACGGUCCAACCGACGACCCUGUGCACCCACAACGAGGAACGCAAGUCCACGUGCAACGGCGAUUCCGGCGGGCCACUGGUGCUCGAGGAUGACCACACGCUGAUUGGGGCGACCAGCUUCGGGCACAUCAUUGGCUGCGAGAAGCGGCUGCCGGUGGCGUUCGCACGCAUUACCGAGUACGUGGACUGGAUCCGGAACAAGACGGGAAUGGCGGAACCACAGUAGGGCGUAUGUUGAGCUUACAAUCGAUUUUGAAG